AUUACACCAUUGGUCCUCAUUCAAUUAUGCGACAGACAGCUCCUCCCCCUUCGUCGUCUGCCGGCUUUAUGCCAGCCAGCCAAAAGGAAGUCGAAACAAAAUUAUCCGCAUCCGACAUCUCGACAAAACCACAUACUCCUACGUUCCAGGAAAAGCGAACAGUAUUACCAGGAUUUUUAACUAGCGUCGGAUCAUCUCCCAAGUCAGAAAUAGUCUCUAAAGUCGGUGGUGAUGGAGUGACCAAAAGGUAAAAUUAACUGGCAUAUGCAAACAACCGGUCAAGAUUAUGGGUACGGAAGUAGAAAGCAAGCAUUUGAUGCAUCCGAUGAUAAUGAAGCUCCUCCAAUGCUCUCGAUGUGGGAAAUUGGUGUUCAUCAACCAGCUCCCAAUGCAUUCCCAUCGCGACCACUUGGUAUGGGAUACUCUUGGAAUUCCUUGGCAUCCAAUAAAUUAGGUACUUCGACAAGCGCUCCUACUGGUACUGCUAAUGAGAUAAUGCAAGCUCCCACAUCAUCCACAAUGGCAAGCUUUGGACAAAACUCCUUUGCUUCAUCCAAUAACGAAUACCCAUCCACCAGCUAUUCCGACUCGGAUCAAGCAACCAUCAACGUUUGCGGUUUCCCUCCAAGCAUGACUUCAUAUAUCUUGGAUCACUUUAGACAAUAUGGUGAAAUACUUGAUUACCGUAAUUCAGGUUCUAACUGGAUGACUAUCACCUACAGUACACGAUUGUCUGCACAAAAGGCCCUCAGUCGAAACGGCAAGAUUAUCGGAGGCAACUGCAUGAUUGGUGUCUCCCCUGCAAACCAGCAGAAUGUCUUUGGUGCAGUCACAUCACCUGAACUCAGCAAAGACGAUAAGGCUACCGGUAAACCGCUAGUAGGACGACCGAUUCAAGUAGAUCGCACUGGGCAAAUUUGGCGCCCCAGUGGACUUGGUAGCGGUCGAGCUGGUCCCAGCGCUACAAUGGCCAAUGGACAAAACCAUAAUGCUAGUCAUGUUGUUGGUGGAGUACUUGCCCAUGCUAAGGAUGCGUUGUUUGCCUGGUAGAAUUAAUGAGCCGUCUUACACGGGGUUUUAAAUAUAAUAAACUGAAAUGUGAUUGGUCCAAAUGUUUGAGUCAGACUUGCAAGUG